AUCAUAUCUUGUGUCGGUUUGAUCGUAAACGUAACCGCAAGAACUCCAAUCCAAUCUUUAUCUACCUCAUAUCCAAUCUUUGAUUGCUCUUUUUACAUCCUCUUCUUCAAUAAUCUUGAAUCUUGAAUUCUUUUUCUUGAUAAGGAAAGAAACUAACCUUCAUAUUAUCAAGUGACACUUAUUCAUGGCUAUGUGUGAUGACCAAAAUCAAAAACUUGAUGAAAAAGAGGGAUUCAAGUAUCUAAUGGUGAAGCCAGAGAAAGGAGGUAUAACGGACAUAUGGAGAUACGUGGUCUUUUCUGACAUAAAGAGUGGAGUGAGAUUCUUGGAGAGUUCAGAGGAAGAGGUGAUCAUAAGUGAUGAAGCAACUGAUAACAGGUGGGUCAUAUUAGUAUCUAUAAUUGUUCGUAAAAUCCUUCGCUUGAUUGGCAAGCCAAUGGAGUACACUGGCUAUGUUCUGGAGUUCUUCCUUAAUUUCAUGUCUGAAAAUGGAGACCUCUUGGGAUUACUCUGGAACUUACUCCGUGCAAAAGUGGUGAUUCCUCAGAGAGGCACAGAGACCUUUAUAAGUGCAAUAGGACAUAUGGAUGGGCGAAUAGACCUGUAUAAAGCUGAAAACUUGGUAGAACAAAUAGAAAAUUCUGUUUCUGAAGAUGGAGGCCUCAAAGUAGAAUUGGGAAACAGAGCUCUUAUGGACCUUUGCAUUAUGGCUUCCAAGUUAGCUUAUGAGAAUGCCAAAGUUGUUCAUAAUAUUGUUGUUAAUCACUGGAAGAUGCAUUUUGUGGAUUUCUACAACUGCUGGAACGAUUUCCAAAACGAGAACUGUACCCAAGUUUUCAUAUUUUGUGACAAGCCCGCAGAUGCAAAUUUGAUAUUGAUUAGCUUUAGAGGGACAGAACCUUUUGAUGCUGAUGAUUGGUGUACUGAUUUUGAUUAUUCAUGGUAUGAAAUUCCCAAUUUUGGAAAAGUGCAUAUGGGAUUUUUAGAAGCAUUAGGUUUGGGCAAUAGAGUUAACACAACAACCUUCAAAGACCACCUUACUCAAAACAAAAACAGCAUGAAAUACUCCAAUAUUGCUGACAAUAAUGAUCCCACAAGCUCAUCAGAAUCAGAAUCUUCAGAUGCUGAUUCUGACACAUUAGAUCAGUCAUCAGUAUCUGAGAAGGGGAAUAUUUCACCUGAAAUGGUGAAGAAGGGUGCAUAUUAUGCUGUAAGAAGGAAACUAAGAAGAUUACUUAGAAAGCACAAAAAUGCUAAAUUUGUAGUAACUGGACACAGCUUAGGUGGAGCACUUGCUAUAUUAUUUCCAACAGUGCUAGUGCUACAUGAGGAGAUGGAGAUGAUGCAAAAAUUACUUGGUAUAUACACAUUUGGGCAGCCAAGAAUUGGGAAUAUGCAAUUAGUGAAGUUUAUGGAACAGCGUUUGGACCAUCCUGUUCCUAAAUACUUUAGGGUGGUUUAUUGUAAUGAUCUUGUUCCUAGGUUGCCUUAUGAUGACAAAACCUUCUUGUACAAGCAUUUUGGAGUUUGCCUUUACUGUGACAGCUUCUACAAUGAACAGAAAAUGGAUGAGGAGCCAGACCCAAAUUUCUUCGGGCUGAGAUAUAUAAUUCCAUUGUACUUGAAUGCUAUAUGGGAGUUGAUCAGAAGCUUUAUAAUGGGUUACAUGUAUGGGCCAGAGUACAAGGAAGGGUGGUUCUCUUUGUUAUUUAGGGCAAUGGGACUAGCAUUCCCUGGUAUUGUUGAUCAUUCCCCUGUAAAUUAUGUUAACUCUGUCAGGCUUGGAAGGGAUCGUCUUCUUCAGAUGUCCUCUUUCUAAAUAGCUCUCCGCUCUUCUGUAACUAUCAUUUGGUUCUGGUAUGGUUACUCGUGUAGUCAUUUCAUUUAUACAUUUCAGAUCAAUCAUCAUAAAAAAGCAACGAACUUUAGAAUUUUUUUUUUCUUAGUCAGGUGAAAUCACAAUUUCUGCUUCUGCUGGUGAUGUAAAUUUGUUUUUUGUUUUGAUAUUUUUUUUCUCAUUAUCGUACCAACGAUUGAAUGAUGAAAAUAAAUAGUUGAAAUCU